AUGUUCAAGUUCUUCCGACCACAUGUUUCUUUCGCGUGCCAAAAAUUGCAGACAUUGAAAUCGCCACUAUCAUCCUCCUCUCAGAUAUCAUGUAGGGUUACUUCUUUGCCAUCCACAUGUAUCCAUCAAGAACAACAACAACAACAACGAAAAUAUUCUCGGAAUGAGCAGCAUGUUUCUCUCAAUUCAUCCAUUGAUGAAAAUUCUUCUCAUCAUCGGGUUGUGUUCUCGGGAAUUCAACCUACAGGGAAUUUACAUUUAGGAAAUUAUUUGGGAGCUGUAAAAAAUUGGGUUACUCUUUGCAAUGAUGAUUUGAGUACCAAACGUCAAAUUGAGAGUCUUAUUCAUCCAAAAGACAAGGAAAAUCAAAGACCUUCUUCCAUACCUCUCAAUCAAGCCUCUUCCAAUGCGCCAUUGUUUCAUGAAAAAUUCUUUUGCGUUGUGGAUUUACAUGCCAUUACAAUGCCACAGGAUCCAAAGGCUCUCAGAGAAUCGUCUGUAAAUUUAAUUGCCAUGUUGUUGGCAUGUGGAUUGGAUCCGAACAAGUGCUCUCUAUUUUUCCAAUCACAAAUUCCUGCUCACUCACAAUUGUCUUGGAUUCUUGGAUGUUUUAUUACGGAAAAUAGAUUGAAACGAAUGCAUCAUUACAAGGAUAAGAAGACAGAAAAUAGCUCGAUUGGACUUGUGAGUUAUCCUGUAUUGAUGAGUGCUGAUAUUUUGCUGUACAGUUUGAAGGGUAAUGAAUUAUAUAUUCCAGUAGGAGAUGAUCAAAGACAACACUUAGAAUUGGCCCAAGAAGUAGCUCAACAAAUGAAUUUCAAAUUUGAAGGGCUUUUCGAUGUACCAAGAGGAAUUUAUCCACCACACGCAUAUAGAGUGAUGAGUUUGAGAGAUGGAACAAAAAAGAUGAGCAAGAGCGAUACAAGCGACAUGUCACGUAUUAACAUUGUCGACUCGGAUGAUUUAAUUGCUCAAAAAAUUAAGAAAGCUAAAACAGAUGCACUCACAGAACUCACUUAUGAUAAGGAAAAAAGACCAGAGGUUGCGAAUCUUAUUGAUAUUUAUGCUGCUUUGCAAGGAAAAACAGCAGAAGAGGUUGUUCAGAUGUAUUCGUCUAUUACAGAGAAUGUAAAUUCAAAGUUUAAGCAUGACUUGGCAGAGAUUGUCGUGCAAGCGAUCAAGCCAAUCCGAGAGAAUUAUAAUAGAUAUUUGAAUGAUCCUCAAUUCAUUCAGCAAGUGGUUACACGAGGAUCUGAACGAGCAAACGAGGUGACACAGAAAGCCCUUCGUCAAAUUAUGGAUAGGGUUGGAUUCUAUUAA